CCCUUCCUUCUUCACUUCACUUCACUUUCUCUCUCUCUCUCUCUCUCUCUCUCUCUCUUUUUUCCUCUGUUAUAACGAAGCAAGUAUUUUGUCUUUUUGGCUUUAAUUUUUCUCUGAAUAGUAAUAGUAAUAAUAAUCCAAUUCAAGCAUCUGAUUACAUUUUUGGAGAGGUAUGUUCGUCAAGCAGCUUGUGGAGAAGGCUUCAAGGUCCAAGAAGCCUGGAGGUAAUUUGGAACGUUUGAAAUCUAGCGAAGUAGAGCCACGGUUAGCAUUUCAUUAUGGAAUACCGUCUGGAGCAAACAUGUUCGCUUAUGACUCUAUUCAAAAGAUUCUUGCCAUUUCUACUCGUGAUGGAAGAAUUAAAUUAUUUGGAAAAGAUAACACUCAACUUUUGCUCGAAUGUCCUGAGGCAGUACCAAGCAAGUUCUUACAGUUCAUUCAGAACAAAGGCAUCCUUAUAAAUGUGACUUCCAAGAACCACAUUGAGGUUUGGGACGUGGACAAGAAGUUGCUUUCUCAUGUGCAUGUUUUUAAAGAAGAGAUUACCUCAUUUACGAUCAUGCAACAUUGUUUCCACAUGUAUGUUGGAGAUUCUGUCGGAGAUGUAUCAGUUUUAAAGCUUGAUCAAGAAACAUCUAGUUUAGAACAGAUGAAAUACACUAUACCCUUCUCUGCUUCUCAUGGGAAUCAAACUGAAGUUUCAGCUGAUACAACUGUAUUGCACAUACUGCCUCAACCAACAGCUGAGAGUAAGAGGGUUGUUAUAGUAUUCAGAGAUGGCCUAAUCACAUUGUGGGAAAUUCGAGAGAGCAAAUGUAUUUUUACAACAGGUGGAAGCUUGCUGCACUCACAAAAUAAUGAAACAAAGAAAGUGACUUCUGCAUGCUGGGCAUGCCCUGUUGGAAGUAAAGUUGCUGUUGGGUACAGUAGUGGAGAUAUUUUCAUAUGGAGCAUUCAUUCUAUCCCCAAUUUAAGAACUGCUGUUGCAUCAGACUCUGGGACUCGGGCUGCUCCCAUUUAUAAGCUCAAUCUGGGAUAUAAAUUGGACAAAAUACCCAUAGCAUCACUGAAAUGGCUUCAUGCUGAUGGGAAGGCAAGUCGACUCUAUGUUAUGGGUGCCUCUGAUUCUGCAUCUACCAACUUGUUGCAGGUGAUCUUAUUAAAUGAACAUACUGAAACUCGAACAAUCAAGUUAGGACUUCAUUUAUCUGAAUCUUGCAUUGACAUGGAGAUUACAUCAAGUUCUUUUGAUCCAAGCACACAUAUACAGAGUUCCUUUCUCCUGCUUGGAAAAUCAGGGCACAUAUAUGUAUGGGACGAUUGUCAGAUUGAAAAGUAUCUUUUACAGUCACAAUCUAGGGGUUCUCCUUCAUUGCCAAAGGAGGUCAUGAUGAAGUUGCCAUAUGCUGACUCAAGCAUCACUAUAGCAAAGUUCAUCACAGAUAUCUCGCCCAUGUUAAGUUUUGGAGAUGAGGAUUACCUUCUGUUUUCCCAAAGCGUUCCUUCACUUUUUCCUUUUGAGGUGAAGCCUAAGCAUGGAACUUACAUGAAUCCUGUCCCCUUCAGUGGGUUUUCCAAGAUUAAGAACUUGUACAUAAGUGGACACAGUGAUGGAGCCAUUAAUUUUUGGGAUGCGUCAUGUCCAAUUUUUAUCCCACUUUUAUCCUUAAAGCAGCAGAGUGAAGAUGAUAUUUCUUUAAGUGGUAUAGCACUGACAGCAUUGGAUUUUGAUGGCAAUUCACGGCUUCUUGUUUCAGGGGAUCAGAGUGGAAUGGUUCGCAUCUUUAAAUUUAAACCCGAGCCAUAUGCCACAGAGAGCAGUUUUAUGUCUUUUUCAGGAACUUCCAAAAGAGGAAAUAACCACAUCAUUCAGAGUAUCAAACUCAUGAAGGUGAAUGGUUCUGUACUUUCUAUGAAUGUCAGCCAUAAUUCAGGGCAUCUUGCAGUUGGGACUGAUCAAGGAUAUGUUUCACUAAUUGAUAUAAAAGGACCAACACUACUGUAUCAACAACAUAUUGCAAGUGAAAUUUCCACUGGCAUCACCUCUCUGCAGUUUGAUACCUGCAAUCUGCAUGGUUUUGAGAAGAAUGUUUUAGUGGUUGCAACUAAGGAUUCAUCAGUUUUGGCUGUUGAUGUUGAUACUGGAAACACGCUGAGCACUAGCACAGUGCAACCCAAGAAACCAUCUAAAGCUUUAUUUAUGCAGAUUCUGGAUGGGCGUGACAUGUUAGGAGGAUCAAAUGUGUCAAAUAGUGUAGAUCCCAGUAAAGGGUAUCCUGUUGAGCAUGCAAAAAAUCAAUCUUCUCUACUUAUAUGUUCUGAGAAAGCUGUGUAUGUCUAUUCACUAGAUCAUGUUUUUCAGGGGAUUAAGAAGGUUUACUACAAAAAGAAGUUUCAUUCCUCUUCUUGUUGCUGGGCUUCAAUAUUGUGUGGUUCAUCGGAUGUUGGCCUUGUGCUCCUUUUCACCACUGGAAAAAUUGAAAUAAGGUCUUUGCCAGAAUUAUCAUUGAUAAAGGAAUCCUCAAUUAGAGGUUUUACUUAUUCUGCGCCAAGGUUGAACUCCUUAUCAGACAGUUCAGUGUGCUGUUCCCGAGAUGGAGAACUUGUUAUGGUGAAUGGUGAUCAGGAAAUGCUUAUUGUGUCAGUUUUGCUUCAAAAGGAACACUUCAGGCUUUUGGACUCUGUCAGCCAAGUUUACACAAAAGAUUUUAUGCCAUCACAAGAAGGGGUUGCCUCGGGGACCAUUGUCCAAAAGGAAAAGAAAAAGGGUAUCUUUAGCUCUAUGAUGAAGGAUAUAAAAGGAAGUAAGCCAAAGCAAGUUUCUGAGUUGGAAACAGAAGAUACAAGAGAAAGUAUUGAGGAACUUCCAGCGAUCUUUGCAACAGCCAACUUUGCAUGUGAUGUUGAAGAUAGCAAUAACAUGGCUGUGGAUACAGAUGGGAUUGAUUUGGACAUAGAUGAUAUUGACCUCGAUGAUGCUGAAGAGAAACCCAAAGAUCAUAACAUCUUGGCAGCUCCUAAUAAGCAGAAAUUGGCAAGCAAAUUUCAGGCUUUUACAGGUAAAAUAAAACAGUUGAAGGUUAAGAAUGAGAAAAAGAUCAGCAAAGAAGAGCAACUGGAUGAAAAGGCAGGUGGAGUUGAUCAAAUCAAGAAGAAAUAUGGGUUUUCUUCAUCCACUGAAUCAACCGCAGCUAAAAUGGCUGAAAGCAAGUUGCAUGAGAACGUAAAGAAGUUGCAGGGGAUUAACCAAAGAGCAACAGAGAUGCAAGAUACAGCCAGGUCAUUCUCUGCCAUGGCAAGAGAGUUGCUAAAAACUGCAGAAAAGGAUAAAGAUACCUCAUCGUAAGCCUGUAUAGACUAGUUGAAGUGUUCAUUGCUUAAUUCUUUUCACAAAGUCUUUUUCAUGUAUAUUCAUUUUGAUUUGGUCUGACAUUACAAAAUCAGUUGUUUAUAACUGGGGAAGGGUCUGUAUGCACAUUUUAAACAGUAAUGUGGAUUGAGUUUUUCCUC